AUGCAGCGUGUCAACAUUAGCGCCCGUCGCAGGGUAUCAACAGCAGCGCCAGUUUUAGAGUGUCAACAUCAGCGCCCGUCGCAGUGCAACAUCAGCCCGUCGCAUUGUGUCAACAUUAGCGGCUGUCUCAGUUUGUUAACAUCAGCGCCCGUCGCAGUGUGUCAACAUCAGCGCCCGUCGCAGUGCAACAUCAGCCCGUCGCAUUGUGUCAACAUUAGCGGCUGUCUCAGUUUGUUAACAUCAGCGCCCGUCGCAGUGUGUCAACAUCAGCGCCCGUCGCAGCGUGUCAAUAUCAGAGCCCGUCGCAAAGUGUUCACAUCAGCGCCCAUCGCAGCGUGUCAACAUGAGCGCCCGUCGCAGUGUGUCAACAUCAGCGCCCGUCGCAGAACAACAUUAGCGCCCGUCCCAGCGUGUCAACAUCAGCGCCCACCGCAGAGCACCAUUAGCGCCCACCGCAGCGUGUCAGCAUCAGCAUACGUCUCAGAGUCGCCCGUCGCAGAGUGUCAACAUCAGCGCCCAUCGCAGUGUGUCAACAUCAGCGCCGUCGCAGCGUGUCAACAUCAGCGCACGUCGCAGUGUGUCAUCAUCAGCGCCCGUCGCAGCGUGUUAACAUCAGCACCCGUUGCAGCGUGUCAACAUCAGUGUACGCCGCAGUGUGUCAACAUCCGUGCCAUCGCAUCUUGUCAACAUCAGCGCAUGUCGCUGUGUGUCAACAUCAGCGCCCGUUGCAGUGUGACAACACAAGCGCAUGUCGCAGUGUGUCAUCAUCAGCGCCCGUUGCAGGGUGACAACACCAGCGCCCAUCGCAGCGUGUCAACAUCAGCGCCCGUAGCAGCGUGUCAACAUCAGCGCCCGUCGCAGUGUGUCAACAUCAGCGCCCGUCGCAGUGUGUCAACAUCAGCGCCCAUCGCAGUGUGUCAACAUUAG